CUGCUCUCUGGAUGGUUGCCUGCUCACUGCUUGCUUCUCUGCCCAGAGGUCAGCUGGACACCACGUGCCAUGCAUUUGUUGGAGAAACUGUGGUCCUGCCCUGCACCACCAGCCCUCCUGGAGAGCUGGCCCUUGCCAAGUCCAUGCUCUACUGGCAGAUUGGCACCAAGCAGCUGGUGCACUUCUUUCAGAAUGGGCACGAUUCACUGGACGGCCAGGACAAAAAGUUCCAUGACAGAACCAGUCUUUUUCUGGACCAGAUGAAGCAUGGCAACUUUUCCUUAAAGAUCUCCAAUGUCCAGUUAGGGGAUGAUGCUGAGUAUUCCUGCAUCUACAGACAGACUGAGAGCCACCAAACAAAGAAAUCUACAAUUAAACUCAAUGUAUCAGCUGCACCUAGGAUUGAGGAGCCACCUUCCCCUUCUGAGCAGAAUCAGAUUCCCUCCGGAAGCUCCAUGGAUGUGCCAAGCCUGGCUGUGCUUCCCCUCUCUUUCCUCCUCCUGGUCCCCCUGGGGCUUUGGCACUUGUAACAGGGGAAUCCAACCUUGUCUUUGGGAAUUUCUCCUCCCCAGAGGACCUUUCUGGGCAGGACAGGUCUGUGGGGUCAGUGUGACACCUGCUCCAAGAGCUCAGAACAGACCAAGCAUUAUUAGGUGUUUUCGUCCCACAUUCUGGCGUUCCACAAAACCAAGGGCAGCAAAACUCUGAGGUGGCAAUUCUGCUUUUGCAUUUGUUUCUUGGAGUCCAGUUUUAGUGCUGCCAGGAUAUACAAUUUAUUUUGGAUUGUGUGGGUUUGCUUUAAUGACAGGAGGAAAGGCUCACAAAACUCCAGGAUCGGAUUGUAGCUGAUCCCAGUGAGAUCUUUUGCCUUUCAUCUGCUGUCCUUCAAGACAACUGAAAGGAGGAGUGGGAGUAAAACUACUCUCUGUGUCAGACAAAAACUGGAAGUAGGAAAACACUCCCAUUGUCUGAAAUGUGAGGAUGGCAAGCUUGUGAAACUUGAUUAUGUGGAACUUCAGCUUCUGUUUUCACUCCUAAGCGUCAUGGGCUAUGAGUAAGAACCCUUUUUCUCCACAAGAAAUGUAGUAUUUCUUCAGCAGA